AUGCCAUCGAACGAUGAAGUUUAUCGACUUGUACCAUAUAGAUUUUUUAUUAAAGAUUCAGAUGCAGAUACAUGUAAAUUAGAAAAAUUAACUAAUUUAUUUCCUGAUAUGAAAACAAUUAUUGAAUUAGAAUUGUUUAAAUUUAAUAAUUUAACGCGUAUAGUUGAUCGUCUUUCACAAGUUUAUUCGGUUUCAACUGCAGUUGAUAAGCGUGAUGAUACAGUUCAUGUUUUUCUUGGUCCUUAUCAUCUUGUACUUGGUUCAGCUGCUGUUGGUGCAAUGCAUUUUAAAAAUAUUUCUACAGCAUUACUUAGUGCAACAAGUACGAAAAUGCCAAAUGAUCCGAAUACUACUCAAUAUCAAAAACGUCGUCGUGAUGCUGUACUUCGUCGUUUUCGACGUGGUGUACGAAAAUUAAUUCUUAUUAAAUCAAUUAUCGAUAAUCUUCGACAUGCUUCUAUUCUUACACCAUAUAAUCAAUGUGAAUUAUAUAAUCGUGGUAUUUAUGAUCUUGUAUUAGCAGGACAUAAACAUGAUGGACCAAAUAUAUUCAAUGAUCAAAAUUUCAAAGGACAACUCGAUGAUUUUCAAUCAAUGAAUGAUUCCGAAAAAGAAACUAGUUUGAUUGCAUCGAAAUAUAUGAAAAUUAGUGCUUUACUUCAUUUAAUUUCUCCAACUCCACAUUUACAUCAAACAGAUAAUAGUUCAUCAGUAGGAAAUGCUAAACAAAAUACAUCAAGUUCUUAUAAUCCAAAUAACGAUCAUUCAUCAGCGUUGUUUCAUACAACAGCCAUGUGUUGUCCACAUCAUUGUAAAGAUUUACCUCUUAUUAAGUUUCCAAUACGUCCAUCAUUCAGUCAUCAAGCUUCUCUAUUGGUAACACCUGAACCACAUUCAAGACUAAGUACUAGUUCUAAUAAUUCAAGCAGAAAAUCAGAAACUUUGAAAAGACAAACAACGGUAAAUAGUCUUCCUGAUUUUUCAAAUGACACCAAGAUUAAGGACGAUAUACCAUCAUCAACAAAAGCUCCAUUUGAUCUCACUACAGAAAAACUAGAUCACCCAAUAAAUAUUCCUAUAAUUCAUACGCAUUCGCCAGUUUCUCAACCGAUUAUAAAUCAAGAAAAUGUAUUCAUUAAUAGUAUUUCAUCUAUUUUAACAAAUUACUUAUCAUCUCAUACUAAUAAUAAUCUCGAUAUCGUUACUGAUGAUAAACAUUCUCCUUUAUCUAUAAUUCCAAAAAUAACAUUAAAUAAAUCUGAUCAAUCUUCAACGGUAAACGAAACCAAUGAAUUCAAUAAACUUUUACUCGAACUCAAAACAAUUGUUGACAACAAAUUAUCUAUAGAAACUUCUACGAAAAAUCAAAUAUCGUCAUCAGGUAUAAUUGAUAAUAAAAAUUCUAUUGAAAAACAUCCACAUAAUCGUCGUAAAAAAGUUAUUUCAUGUCGUACUGCAUCAUCACAAGAACCAUCUAAUGAUAAUUUCAAUAAAGAAUAUUUAGUACCAUUACCUAAGAAAGAUAAAUUAAAUACACCAAUUAGAUCACGCUCUUUUGAUGAAAAUCAUUUAAGAACACCUUCAAUGGAAUCUGAAAUAAAUAAUAAUGAAUUAAUACUUUGA